CUGUGCCAUUGGACACAGGCACUGAAUGGUGCUAGAAGUGUUUUAUUUUUCUGGCAGAGCUUUGCACGUAUGUGCUUAUGAUCUAGAUGGACAGAGCAGCAUUUCGUAUCUGAGGGGCUUCUGAAAUCAAGGCCGGAUAAAUGAGAUAGCUGGCCAUUAUGUCAAAAAUAUACCAUUUCUUUAAAAACAUUUCGAAGCCUAUCUUAGAUGAGAAUACUUUUUGCAAAAUAUGGGACUUUCUGGACCACUGGAUUUUUAACAAUGUUUGGCUAGUAGCCCUGAUUAUAAUUUUUCUGGGGGUUACUUUUGAGAUAGUCCUCAUAAGAACUUUUGAAUUUUUUAAGAAGAAGUUUGAGCUAUGGGAAAAUGAUAGUUCGUGUUCUCAGAAGCAGAAUGAAGAUAUUUUCCCCAAAGGACUGAUAUAUGCUCCACAGAGCUGGUCGGUUUCCCACACAUCUUCCAUGGAAAGAAUUGAUGCCUUCUCAAGAAGCAUACCAAGCAAUCUUCCAUCUGAGGAGAUUGCAAGUAGCACCAUAGGAAGGACCAUUUCAUCUGAUGAAUGCGAAUAUCAAAGAAGCCAUUUUUGUAAAAGUCACGCAUCUUCAGGUGGGACCAAUACACCAUUGUCAAUGUUUCCCUCAAAAGUCAAGAACAUUUUCACGAAUUCCUUUCACAGAAAAGAUCCACCAAGUGAAUAUCAGACAGGACAAUUUUUCUCCAAUAAUUUAUGUUCAACAAUGAAAGCCAACGGCACACAAACUUCCCUUCCUGAUGCUCUUAAUUUGCAAUAUGCUUUUCAAUUUACAAGAGCUAAGGAUCUCCAUGUGGCACCAUCCCCUCCUGUUCAUGUCUUAUUUUCUAGUGAUCAAAUUAGACACAUGGAAGAAAAUAUAAAAAGGAAAAUCCUUGUGAACCCCAAAGCUCGAUCUUGGAGAGAAGCUGAAGGUCUGCACCCCAGAGCUCAGGAGCCAUCGAUUCAUUCUCAUCAUUCACAUAAUGAAGGGGUUAUUCCUGGUGAAGCACGAAUUACUUUCCCAGACCAAAGUGCUAUGCAGAAUCAAUUGAUUCAUGAAGCACAGUGUACUAGGCAAACCCAACCAUUCAUUCAUGAGCAGGAUUCAGACAGCAGCCAGCCUGGUUUCUCUGAGCCUGCAUACUUUCGGAGACCGCUGUUUUCUAGCAGGGCACAAAACUCUGUGCAGGCCCAACAAAUCAGCCAUGAAGAUAAGGGCCAGCAUUUCAAUCACACCCCAUGUAUUGUUGAAACAGAAUAUUCAGCCAAGGGCAUAGAGUCUGCUGAACCUUUCAGCAAGACUCACAAUUCUGUUUAUUUUAAUGACCAAAACAAGAGUAACCGUCUAGGUAAAGGGCAAUAUAGUGUUUUCCAGAAUGCUGAAUUUUUGUCUUUAAAUUCAAAUUUAUUGGCUAAAGCUAUGGCGCAACAAAAGGUAGCACCAGGCCAACAACCACGGGCUUCGUUGGAAUCAAUCCAGUAUGACGCAUACAGUUCAAUGCCUUUCUCACCUACCAUCGAAAGGGACAGAAAUGGGAGAAAGACACCAGGCAAUGAAAGAAAACUCAGUCUUAGAGUUCUGCCUCCCAAAGCAAAGCAAACCUUUCCUUCACGGGUGUUUCCAAUCGCAGUGUGUCGUACUUCAGAAAACAAGAUAGAGUUAAAGCGCAAGAAGUUGAAAAGAGCACAUCAAAGGAAAAUAAUGUCAGCUAUAGCUUUCCAUCUCAUUUCUGUCUCGAAGCUGAUCACUCCGCAUGGUAAAAAGUAUUUCUCAAAAUGUCUAGUGGCCGUUAUUCCAGACCUCAUAAAAUGGGAACAUUUUCUGCAGAAGUCACUAGAUACAGAAAACAUCAAUUAUACAAAUUCUAAUGAUGCAAUGACGUUGGACACUAUGGAAAACACAGAACGCUCUUUCCUGGUCAACACUCCUGAACUGGCAGCUCCUUGUUCAUUUGACCUGAACAUUCCAAAGCAUGAGGGGUUUUCAGGAGUGAUGUCAGAGUCUGCAUGGAAAAAUGCUUCACUUCCCCAAAUAGAAUCGAACAGAGAAAUGAAAGUACAGAAGGACAUCCAAAAUACAGAGAAUGGAGAGAAAUUAGCAGUUGGUACACCAGACAUACAAAAGUGCUUUUCAAAAGGUAGUGUACAGAAUACCAAAAAUUCAGGGGAAAUGAUUCUGAACUUUCCAGGUAUCAAUUUAAAUAUUUCACUGGGAUCCCAAAAGCACGAGGAAAAUGAAUUCAAAAAUAUAAAUGUCCAAGUGACUACAGGAAGCAUAAAUCUGAAGGAAGAGAAACCAUUAACGGCUAAUAUUAUCGAAUAUGGUAACCCAAGUGAGAGUGAGAAGCCGGAAUGUGACACUCAAAGCAAUAAAACAAAUAGACAUCAGGAUGAAAGGAUGUCCGAUACCUAUCAUAAUGCCACACAGGCUACCAUUUCUCAACUCUUUGAUAUGGAAAUGGGUAACCAAUUAGAAGCCAACAUAGGCACACUGACAAAUUGUAGUUAUACUGCACUAAAGCAAGAGGAACUACUAGAUGAAAAGAAAAUACAGGAAGUUAAGCAUAUUGAUAAGAGCUCCAUACUUAGAAAACCCCAUGAGUCGGACAGUGAUGAAGAGGAAAAAGAAACUGUUCGACCGCUGGCAGAAGACUUUAGAGUCAGCGUAGGUCUGAAGCAGAAGGACAGAUGUGCCCAGUUUGAAAUGGGACCGAUCCCAUCAGGAAAAAGAAAAAUUCAAAGUCCAAAGAAAGCAGUACAGUCACAGACAACUUCUACACAGACAGUGUGGGAGACUGGCCCAUGCCCCUUGACAAAUCCACUACAAGUUGCGCAAGUAAAGCGAAGGACAGACAAAUCUCCAGACAGAGACAAGGCUGCAAGUCCCGUGCACCCAACUUUAGUGCCAGAAAACUCACCUGCUGGUGAGUGUUUAAUUGAAACUACCGGACACAAGGCCCCAUUCUGUGGAAAGCCCACAAAAACACCAGAUGGUCAUAUUACAGAAGACAAAGAAAACUUGCAAAGGGACUUAUGUGCAGUUGCCACAGGACCGUUCAAAGUCCAAAAAAAAUCAUCAGGGCCAAAAAAUGUACUCAGUGUCAAGCACAAAAUUAUUAAUGUGAAAAAAGCUGCAUCUUCCUCGAGGCUUUCUGUCACUGUACGUGACACUCUGAACCAUAAGAGAAGAGUGAAACACAGCUUUGAAAUACUCAUUAAACAAACACUGCAUGACGUAACAUUGGCACCUGUGCUCCUGAACAUUCAUCCUCAGGGGUCUAGUGUUCACUGUAAUAAAACAAAUAUCAAGCUAACACCCCAAAAAACCCAAGUCGAAAAGAAAGAAAAGAAUUUGGAUUCCCUUAGUAAAGGAAGCAAAACUGUAGAUACUCUAGAAGUUCGGUUGUGCCAUGGUGUGAAAUUGGUGGAGCAAGUCCUGCCGGAGACAGUGGCUCACGUUAAGAGGAACCACGGAUUUGAUGCACAUCCAGUGAAGGAGAUUAAGAUGGAGGAGGAAUUGUUUCAAGGAGUAUCUUCCACUGAAGCAAUUAGGGAAUCAGUUGACUCACUGAGAAUGGACUCAUUUUGUGUUGCAAAUACAAAAACUGGCACAUCUACAUGGGACGAGCUCCAGUAUAGUUCAGAAUUAGAGUUGGGUCCCCCAACAUCGGGAGAAUUACUGACGGGAGACCCUCUGAUCCAAUCAAGAGAAAGGAAUGUUCCAAGUAGUAAGAAUGAUACAAGGGAAAUCAGUAGUGGUUUGACCCAAAAAGCUUUCUCAUACUCUUUAAAUUACUGCACGCCUGUGUUGACUCAUUCUAAAAAGAAGAAAAGCCAAACAAGAUUCACAAAUAAGAGCACCGUGAGGCUCGAGUAUAUGAAUAAGGUGAAACCACCAGCCUCCAAAACACUCAGUACCACAGGCAAUAAACAGAAUCCAAAAUCGAACCUUAAGACCAAAUUAGAAAAAAUAAACCACGCUAAAUCAUUUUUGCUUGAAAGCCAAAACACUCUUUGCUUAUUCAUCAAUAGCAGAUUGCGGGGAGGGUUCUGUCAUGCUCAGCUAAAGCAAGAACCAGCGAGCAAAAUAUGUGUUGAUAGUGUUGCUGAGAGUAGAACAUUCUACAACAGAGAGAAAAAACUUCAAGAGAAACAAGAACCUUUUGUACAGGCAGCUCCGUGGCAUGACCAAUACCAGUGGGCUGAUGCCGAUCAAAGGAAGGACACUCUUCUGGAUGAGCCAGACCCAUCGCUGAUCUCUUUAAGUCAAGAGCAACCUGCUAACUGUCAGGGUGUAAAGUGCCAAGAAGACUUCCUGCAAAAUGCUCUGGAGGACACCCUACAAGCGGCUCCCAUCCAAGCUGAAGGAUUUCAGAAAACUAUCAAAACAGAAAGUGGUGUAAACUUCCCUGUGGUUCCUAAAAAUUUAUCUCCUGAAGCAGGGAAUUCUUCACCUGGUGAAUUCACAGACAUAGCAGACAAUGAUUUAGAAUCAGAUGAAAAGUCUGAACAUGAACUAGAUUUGUACCCUGUGGGAAAAUAUUCAGAGUCAUCAAGAAGUCUGAAGGAGAUGUUCCUACAGUUUUCUGAUUCUGUUACUAGAUCCUUGGUUUCUAGUCGUAAAGAGAGGAGACAAGCACUAAGAUCAAAGAAGCAGACAACAGUGAAUCGUAAAUACAGAGCUACAAGGGAAAUAAAGACAUCAGAUUCACAGACAGUUAACUUCAGAUACAGCAACAAACUAAACCACGUGGAGAUAAACGAUCUACAGCAGAGGGGUAGCAUAGCAGGUGCCUUCUUGGAAAUCAUUCACUCUAAGGCAUAUAUUUUGUCCAACAAAAAAAGGAGAAAGUCAAAAUCAUGGGCAGGUAAACAGAAAAUAAGAAGACUUGGUUAUAUGCAGCAAAUGCGAGAGAAAUUCCCAGAUGGAGGAAACGCUCAGUGUCUGGCUUCUGCUGAUGUAAGCAGUUUCCCUAGCAUGAAGCACAAUGAAGAGAAAGGGGAAGAGGAACCAGAACGUUUCCUGAUCACACAGAAGAGCCCUCACCUUAUACUUGAUGUGCAUCAUGAAAAAGACCGUGACCCUGUUCAAUCAGAUAAACAACUGAACCAAGUAGGAAGAACAAUUACUCAGGUACAACCUCAGACACCUACAGAAGUUGCUUCCUGUUCUGCCCUAUGCCCCAUCCCAGAUGAAUUUCAAUUAGAAAAACUAGAGGACGGUGCAUUAUCUGAAAGCAACAGGGAUCCGUCUGGUGACAGACGACACAAGGGACAGGCUGCUGACAGUGAGGAGCAGGCAUGGGAGCCACCUGCCUCACACACGAAUCCAAAGCAGACUGGGGAAAAGAAAUGGGACCCAGCCAAAGUGAAUGGCAGGCAUCAAGAGAAAAAACUUGCAGCUGAAACAUUCUCCUUGACAAAUGCCGCACUGGAUAUUAAUCUGAGCAGCAAGAUAGACUCAGAAACAGGCACACCAAGUGAAAAGACACCUUGUUUGAUACAAUGGAAUCCAGAAGCAGAGAUACUGCUUCAUAAAGGAAAGGUUCUUUUAGAAGACAUCAAACAAAUUGAUCUUCAAGAUAAAGAAGAAAAGAAAAAUGAUGACACAUUAUUAAAGCCAUUCUCACAGUGUAGUCGAGAUUUUGUAUUUUGUCCACAUCAAAGCAGGGAUCCUAAGUCUCAGAAAUUAAGAAAACAAAGAGAGAAGAACAUUCUGCUCAUCGUAGAACAGGACAUUCCACAGCAAAGUCAGUCAGCAGAUCUAACACGAAGAGAGUGUGCUGUGUGUACAUCAAGUCCAAAGGUUCCUCCCAUACAACCAGAUGAAGUUAGCACCGGUAGAGCAAAAUACGACAUCCCUGCUGAUGGAACUCAUGCUCAGAAACCGAACAGUUGGGAUAGAUUGGAAAGAGAAGGGCUUAAAAGUGAUCUACAAGCAACCAUCACAGAGUCUUCGGAUCUAUCACCCCCUGAGGUACUAAGAUCCAAAAGGAAAAGCAAGGUAUCUACAUGCAAAGCCUUACAAGGUAAAGUGUGUUCAGCUGGUGUAACUAUGAAAAGAAGGAAAGUAUUCGUCUCAAAGGUAUUGACUAUUCCACAGUGUGGUCAUAGGAACAAUCUACUUCCAAAAACCUUGAAAUCACUGGUUUCUGAAUUACUAAUACAGUCUGCUGUCUUGCCUGAUACUCUUAAUAUAAUAAUAUUGAAAAAUUCAGCAGCAGAGAAAAAUAAAAGAUCAUUAACCCAGGAACUGGCAGCAACAAUGCUAGGGUCUUUGAGCUUCUCCACACCUACAUCAAAAGAGAGAGCGAAUUUAGAAAUCCCGGACAAGGGAAAUGAAAUGAUUAACAGCUCUCUAACUGACAAAACCAGGAACGAAGCAAUCUCUCAGACACUUACUGCUGCAGGAUGUGGAUCUCCAAAGCAAAGUAAACCCACGGCAGGUUCAUCCCUAAAUGUCAUCUCUCCCAUAUCUGUGUCUCUUGAUCCUAACACAUGUGAUGAAAUAGAAGAUAGGGAUUUGAAGAUCACAAUGGGACUUAGUUGUGAGCUUCUUGACCGGUCAGUACAUAAAGAAAAAGCUUGGUGUACACACUACAUGGACAAGGAUGCUACCUCAAAUGGCACUGAAGAUGUACAAGGUCAAGGAGGCAAAGAGGACCAGCACUUCAGUUUCAGUGCUCAGAAUAUGACAGAGCCUAAUUCUACGCAAUCUGGAUUACAAUGGAUUAAUUCAGCAACUUAUCCAGAGCUAGAGAGAACCCUAUACAAUGGGCAAGCACAGCCAGUCAAUGUGAACACCCCUCAAAGCAGCACGGUGAGUGUGAUGUCUCCACUUCUAAAUGCAGAGGAACCUGAGACUGGCUCCAUACCCUGUGAUCACACCCGUGAUGAAGGUCCCAGGAGAAAAUGUGACUAUGUUAUUUCUGAACAAAAAGCAUGGGCUGAAAGGGACUUAACAUCUUUGAAACCUUUCCAGGAGUCCAGCCCUGUGUCAUCUGAAUCCAAAUGCGAGGGCUGCACGUUAGAGUUUUCAGGCAAAAAAUAUGUGAGUUCCAAGGCAAGGAAAGCCUCGGGGCUGCUUCAUAUUGCAAGGCAUUAUACGCGAGUCCACAGAAAGAAGAGGCACCAUGAGGUGAAACACAAGUUAAAAAGGGAUAAAUGUGUGGAGGUGGCACUGCUUCAUGCUGUUGAAGAUGCAGAGAGUUGUCCACUCAAACUCCCAACUGAUGCACUUUCACUUGAUAAGGCAGCAAAAGUUGCUUUUUCUAGUAGAAUACCUCAAAGAUGUAAUGCAGCGGAAAAGGCAGAGUUACCAUCAAGCUUAUCCACAACUUUCUUGAGAGCUUUCGAUUUUUUCAUACCUGAUUUAUCUGGCUCUAAAGGCCAGGUGGACACAGAAAAAUUAUCAGAAAAUGAAAUUAUGUUGAAUAGGAGAUUUUCAACCAUGAAGAAAAAGAAGACAUCAGUUUCGAAGAUAAUUAAAGUAGAUGAACACUUUAUCACAAACUACAAGAAAUUUAAAUUAAGAGCAAAAAUGAAAGCAAUAUGGCUCAGUGAAAAUAGAACUGGUGUAUUUCAAAACACCAAGCACUUUCUAUUAACUAACUCUAAUGUGGAAAAUCCAUUCAAAACAGAGGUAGGUUUGCGAGUAUCAAAGUCUACCCAUACACAGCCAACACACGGGGCGUCACCAGUUGAAGGCAUAGCAGAGUGUGAUGAUUCUGUUGACAAGGUUGGUUCCAACUUUUUAAAGGAUGCUAAAGUGCAUGUUGGGCAGCGCUGGCGAGAGAAGCAAGAAGUGCUAAUAGAACCUGAUCCAUUUUAUAUGAAAAACUUAACAGCAAGUACACAUCUCAUGAAGAAACCCAGUCUUGAGGAGUCAAAGGGAAUACUUUUCAGAGAAUAUUUGCCACAAAAAAGUCAAACUUUUGAGGCCAAUCCAGAAAUUGACGUAAAAAUAGAGAACAGCAGCAUGCAGAUAAGCCUCAAAGAAGCACUCUUAUAUAUGGAAAGACCCCACAAUCGUCCAGGAGUCAGUGAAUCAGCCAGUAACACUACCAAACAUGGAGUAAAGAACACUGACCAGUCUUCUUCAAAAGAAAAGUCUUCAUUUUAUUUGACAGGAAUUGCCACUUCUGUUGCCAGGCAUUUAAUUGCUUCCAAAGGAUUUAAAAGGCAUAUGGGUGGCAUCAGAACACUCAACCUGUCAAUUCAUAAAGGUAUCCCUUCACAGGUGAAGGGGCCGAUGGAGUCACAGUCACCUCGUGGAGCCUGUGCUGCUGUAAACAUAAAAGAGACACGGGAUUCUAGAGCCUUAGAGAUAAAAGUAGAUAAUGGUGAGGUAAAUACAGAUAUGAAAUCCAUCUACACGUAUAUGCCAAUUCAACAAAUAAACAUGGCGUCAUCACAGAACGUAUGGGAUAUGUAUGAGAAAUCUUCAAAAGAAAAUGGCCUGGACAAAGCACAGAUGAAGAGGAAAGAAGAGUUUGCACAGCUGCCGUUUGGAGCAGAUCAAAAGAGACAACCUGGUCCUUUCAAAUCAGACGUGCCUUCCGCUAGCACAGUCCACUGCAAGGAUAUCAUGCUUCAGAAAACAGCUAUUUAUUUAAUAGAUCAAGAAGGAAAUGCAACAGUCGGAGAAGAGUUUAACCAAGAGGUUGUUCUUUCCUCUAAUACACAUGCUCUUCAAAUUGGAAGGCAGAACGGUGGAUUUAAAACAGAUUGGGAAACAAAGUCCAAGUCUUUUGCCCAGCCAAAAAAACAGGAAAAACCUAAUGUCUUAGGACCUACGUGGAGUUCUUAUGCCAGUGACACUACCUGUCCUGAAACUAGAAGAGAGAAAGAUACGGCAAAAAUAUCAAAUGUGAAAACUACUGUGUGUGCCACACAAAUAAAGCUGAAGGCAAAGAAAAUGCCGGUUCCUCUACUUCUUAGACACGGGGACAGUAGCAAUAAAAAAGAACUGGGACAUAGCAUGCAGCACCAGCACCAGAAUGCAUUAGAGCUGAGGAGAAGAAAUGGACAAAAUCUGGAUCUAAAAGCUAAUCUGGACUUGGAAUGCUUUAUAUCCCCGGUUACAAAGCUUACCAGUGUAAAACUGGAGAAAGACAAGUUGGGAGGAAGAAAAAACACUCUUCCACAGAAAAUUAUGGAGAAACCAUCCGACCAAAGGCAAAAGUCGGGGUCAGGACGUGUUGAUGUACCUAGGAAACUCGAAGAAAAUAUUAAAGAGGUGCAUGGUGACUGCACUUUCAAGGACAUUCACCAACAAUUUGUACAAAAAUUUGGGGUUGAGUCAGAAGAAAUUAAAGAGCAUCACUCUUGCAAAUUAGACAAUUUACAAAGAAAGACAAACUCUGAGUUAACUUCCCAGAAAGAUGAAACUGAUCACAUUGGGCUAGCUACCUCCAGAAACAGAGGAGGAACAAAAGUCUACAUUGGUCCACAAGACAGCCUACAACAGGAAUAUCCACUGGAACAAGGGAUGAUUCUUCAGACAGUGAAGGAAUUUCCUCAUUGUGGAAUGACAAACAAAUUCAUAAAAAGACGAGACAUCAAAACAUCAAGUCCACAGAUGAUAGGAGAAAUGGAAGUAAUGGAAAACCCAUUAGAUCCAAAGGAAGCAUUGCUUAUUCCCAGGCUUCUUGUACAGCAAGCAAAUAUGUUCACAGACCCUCUUCCUGGAUCCAUUCCCUCUCAGGUACCAUGCCAACCUCACACUGAAGAGCCGAAGGAAAACAAGAAAAUAAGUGACAAACUAUUAAAGAAUUCGACUCCACCGCUGAAGAAAGCCUCAGAUGCGGAAUAUAUUUCAGAUAUGGAUCACGUUCCUGGAAGUAUUGAAGAACUACUCUUGCUAAAAGAACAGGAAAAGAGGAGCAAAAGAAGUAGAGGGGGUAAAAAUUUUGAAACGGCAGAAGACAUAAAAGCAACAAUGAAGAACCCCACUCCAUUUCCAAAUAAUUCACCACCCAGAACACAGUUCAUCAACACAACGAGCAGUGCUGUGUUCGGGCAAAGAGAUGGGACAGAACCAAAGAGGAGUGUGGCCACACUGUGGACUCAGGAAAGGUUGUGUGUACAACGGACAAGCCUGGACUUUGUUUUCACACAGGAGCCGACGUCUAAAGAUAUAUAUCACCGCAAAAGAAGAGCAGCUUUCAUGGACGGCAUCCUGUAUCACAAAAUGAUAAAAAUGAAGCUGAGGAAGACAACCUCUGGAAAGUUGCUCAACGAUACCAGAUAUGGAGCCCACAGCUACAGAAAGGAGCCAAGACACGGCAUUAAGACCCAGAAGGAGCUCCCCCAGGAAAAAACUGUGGCAGGCUUACUGUGGAAGGAUUCUGGCUACACUGCGUCUCAAAUUAAAAAGCUUAGAGAAGUAAAAGAGGGGAAUGGCAAACCCCGAAGGCCAUUGAACGGAACUAAUUUGAUAUCUAUGCAGCCCACUGAUAACAAUUCAACAUCGAGCACCAUCAGAACAUCAGAACAAUAUGCUAUGAAGCAAAAAGAACACCAAGUGUUUUUACUAGAUAUUACCCCACAGAAUAAAGUUCAGUUCAUGCCUGGCCAACAAGUGGAGGAGCCUAGACAUAUCAAGUUGAGUGCCCAUUUGGAAAAAGAAGCAUACCGUGUCGUGUUUCCAGAGCCUGAAGAAACUGAUUCCAGUAGGCUUGAGUCUCAAAGACCCAGAGCAGAUCCAGAAUGGGAAUUCUCGACUGCACAGAGAGCAGAGCAAGGAGUUAGGACAGACCCCAUCAGACAUGCACUUUCGGUUCCACCCAGUAGAGGAGGACCCGAGAAGAUGAAGAUUUCAAGUGCCAAAGGACAUGGUGUAUUUCUCAUGGAGCUGGAUACUUUCCAGAAAGAGACAUGCAAGGUGCAAGAAUUGCUUAAACAAGGUGAGUCUUCGCCGGCAGGCUUGGAGAAGGUCACCUGCCCCUUUAGGGAGCCCUUUCACUUGGAAAGCUCAAAGGUAGCUAAGAAAGUGGGUCCGGAUCAUAACAUGAACAAUAUUUCCCGUCUAUUUGGAUUAAGAGAAACUGACCCAGAACUAGGUUCCGAAGCACAGGCAUUUCUCUGCACAGAUCUAGAGAAUCUAUACAAAACAGGUACAGCUCAGAGAGGCUAUGCAAAGUCAGGUCACAGGCCUCGAAUCCUUCUGAAUUCUGUACCUUGCCACAAGAGGGCUCCUCGUCACUCAAAACGAAGAUCGAGUACAACAAGGAAGGACAGUGGUGCCAGUGCCCUAGGUGCCAAACUGAAUCUCAGGGGCAAAGGAAGAGCUGAAUCCACUGCCAGUCCACUAAAAUUAAAUAGACAGAAAGUGGACAUUUCAAAAAAAAUCAGGGCAAAGCAACUGACUAUUUUUGCUCAGAACAAAGAACAAAUUGUGGAAUUUGUUUUAUCGUGUAUAUUAUACAAACUUCAGACUGAAAACGCACAGAAAGAAAUUUCAGCAAAAGCAGCACUCAAUUCAAAGAUUUUUAACCCGGCGCUAGAAAAAGCAGCAAGUGAAGUUAAGAUUCUAGGAGGUCACUCUCCAAGUUCAGAAAGAGUUAACCUGCAGGCUAAGGGUGGAGAAGAGCAUCCAGAGGAUACGUGUGAGCCUAUUCCAGCAUCUGGCACUCACAGCUUGAUGGACAGGCAUCAAAUUACAUCACCACAGGUAGAGAAAGAAUUAAAGAUAGUAGACAGUCUGGACUAUCACACUUUAAAUACAGAAAAGGAAGAACAUAGCAACAGGACAAAGGAACGAAACCAUUACCACCUACCAUUUUCCCUCAAGAAUUUGGAAGAACAUCUAUCAUGUUCCCAAAAUGAUUCGUAUGUCCAGCCCCAUUUAGAACCUCACACAAAGGAAGCAAUUUUAAAAGUAGGCGAUGUGUCAAGCGAGGCAAAGGGACCAGAUUUGUCAUCUAAAGCUCAACAAAGUACCGGGUGUGAAUGUAGACCAGAGAGGAUUUUGCCCUCAGUUAUUCUAGAGCAAACAAAAGAACAAGAUCCAGAGCUGCCUUUGGAGUCAGGCAGUAAAACUAUAAAAUGUUCAAGCCUUUUCUCAUCUAAAAAAAAGUUAUGUGAUGGGGUGCAGCUAAGUAAGUUAGUGUCAAAUGAUAGCUCAUCUAUGCCAACAGUCAGCAAAAAGGAACUGUUACAUAGAGCAAGUCAAAAGAAGCAAGAGGUGUGUCUGCCUAACAUGUCCUUACACUGCCUUUCACUAUGCUUGCAGUUUUUUCAUGAAAAUGAAAAACAGAAGGGUAACAUAGAACACAGAGUUAUGAAUGACACAAUAUGCCCUGAAAGAAAAACCCUAAACUCGAAGAAAUUUGUACGUCCACAUAUUAGUUCCAAUGAUUAUACCCCAAGCAAUAACUCAGAGCCACAUUGUUACAAGAAAGAGAAAAUGAUAUGCGUAAAACAUGGAAAGGGUAAACCAGGUUCAGUUGUAAUAAAAACACGUAAAUACAUCCCUUUACCUCCCUUAAAAUUGGAUAAAAAGAAAAGUGAUGUGCUUAUCUCAAGUGAUAUAAGACAAGAAAAACAUAAAUCACAGGAAGAGAAUGGCAUAAAAGGAACGGACACAAAGGGAAUAAUGGAGUCUAACAUUACCUUCAAAACAGAGAAAUUAUCACUGUCUUAUCCUUUCAGUGGAAACAAGUUAACUGUACUGUUUGACAGUAUAGAACGACAGGGGAAGGUUCGAGAAGGGUUGAGUAAAUCAGACGUGAAACUGAAGAACUCUUGUAUUUCAUUACCACCUCUAUUGCAUUUUCACUUGGAUUCAAGAAUAAAAGUUGAAAAAGAUAAGUCAGAACAACUGAAGAGCUGCCUCCCACCCCUAAAGCCCUUGCUGUCACUGAGCGGCAGAAAGGUGCCAUGUUCAAAGGCAUUUAGUGGAGAUAAGUUAUGCAAGUUAAUAGAAUUAAAGGAUGCUCCACAGAGGAAAGAAUAUAGAAAUAAUAUCGUAGAUUUGAAAGAUAGACUAGGCCUCAUUGGUAUUGCUCGAAAAGGAACGACAUUACCUUUGAAAUACUUACCACAUGGAAAGGAAAAAUUGUGGAACAAUAAAAAAGAAUCAACACAGGGAGAAGAAAAAAAUACAGUCAGAAAAGAGGCGAGAGACAAAAAGAUACCCAAAUUGAUUGAUCAGAAUGUCAGGAAAUUAGCACGAGCACCUGCACUCAGUAUCAAGGAGUUGCAGAGAGAAACCCGGAAAGAAAAACUUAUAGAUCAGAUCAACACAGUUGUAGCAUUGUCUGUCUCACAAUUGCAACUCAAUAAAUAUCCAGGUGCACAGAGAGUUAAUAGAGAAGUUUACAAUGAGAUAAAAUUAUUGAAGGAACAUGUGGCACAGAAGGAAAAGGAAGGUAGGGAAAAGGAUGGGGAUGUGAACAGUACAAUGCAUGCCGAGGAUAUAUAUUCAAAAACAAAGAAAUCAUCUACUUUACUUAUGCAGAAUUUCAGUGACCUUCAGGGGAAAACUAAAGAACAAGAGGGAGAGAUUGAAGAAGAUGGAAGUAAGCCAUGUGUAACAUUAACUCAGAAGUCGCCUAAGACUUCUGUUGCUAUGUCUCCCCAACCUACCCUUACUGUGAGUGCCAGAAUCAAGAAAGAACAUAGAACAGUGUUAACAAGAUCCUCUGUCUCCUUGGGAUACGUCCAAAACAAAUUAGUCUCAGAAGGAGGCAUUUGCAUACAGCAAAUUACUGGAGAUACUUCAAUUAGUCUACAAAAUAAAAAACAGCACAUGUCACAGGAAAAGGAAGAAGCCGGAAUACAAAUAGCAAAGUUCGUAACAACUCACAUGUAUCAAGAAACAAUGGUGCAGGAACUGAAAGACGAGCAAGUCUUAGAUCUGACUAAAUCCUCUCCUUUGUUGCCAGAUCAGUCUCAUCCCAAACUGUUUGAGAAAUUAGAAUUCAAUGACCCAAAACUAAGUCUUAGAAAUUCUGCUUUGCAGAGAUCCUCAACUAAAGGAAAAACCGUACCUAGAGAGACCAUUGUUGGUGAUACCAUGAAAGAUGUAAAAAAACAGCAUAUAUCUCAGAGAAAAGAGACAUAUCCAAAAGAAAUAAUAGACAGGCGAGGAGUUGAUGUAACUUUGAAAGUACAGAAUUUACUUCUGCCCCAGAAGCUCUACAGAACAGAACUACAUAUGCAUAUCAAUGCACCCAAACCAAAAGAAGAAGACAGUAAAAGUGAACCUCGAGGUUUAAGAAAAAUGCAUACUUCUCAACCUUCUCCAACCAAUAUUCCCUCGCAUAAAGGUGUACAAGUAGAUGAAGAAAGGCUAAAAAGUACACUCUCUUCCCCAGAUGCAGAGAAAAUAGUUGACAUAGAGGCCAUGUGUGGUCAUGUCAAAAAAGGGAAACAAUGUGAAAAACAGAUAGAAGUCAUAGUAGACUUGACAGCUGGGGUGCAUUGCAAAAGGACCAAGGUCUCACCAAUUUCACAUCUCCUUAAUACCAAGGAAGUUGUCCUGAAUAUGAAGUUUCUGGAGAAAAAAGUACACAACGGUAAAAGUGAACAGGCUGUGGUUGCAACACGGUCUUUCCUGUCUUUGCCAUCACUCCCUUCUGAGUAUUCACAGGACAAAACACAGAGAGGCACAGCAAGAGGUACAGGACUCUCUUACCCACAGGGAAAUUGCCAAGAAGCAGCAGAUGCCCAGGAACCAGCAACCAAAGAGUCGGCUGCGGUUGAGAGUGACUGUAUUGUUAAGACAACAGAAUAUAAUGUGCUACAGAAGUCCAAGUCCGUGACCAGUGUCCAUCAAAUAAGUGAGCAUCCACAAGUUGAAAUGGAAAAUGAGUCAGAACCCCAAGAUCAUAAAAUUCAUCUCACGAGAUUAGGUACCAUUAAAAAGGAAACAAUGCUGAGCAUGUCUUUCAAAGGGCAAAAGGGUCAGCCAGAAAAAUGUGAAAAGAAACCUUCAACUAAAAUUGGACAUUGGAAAAAGGAAAAUGAGUUCAAAGAUAAUUUAAGUAACAAAACAAGUUCUAAGUUGUCAGUUUCUCCAACAAAUAUAUCACUCAAGGAAGCACUGGUCACCAGCGAUACCCUCGUGUGUUCAAAACAAUCUGUGGCAAAGAGAAAACAGGAAACUGGUUCCGGUAGUUUCAUGACGUCAGAGAAAGGUAGACAGAGUAAUGCUUCACUAAGUAAAAUGUUAACUCCAGCAAAGAUGUCUCAAAAUAAGGAAGAACAAAAUGUUAUUGUGGAAGAGCAAGCCAUGCCUCAGUCCAAGAGUGGACAGAUGAUAGAGUCAAAGUCCUCCCUUCCUAAUGUUCCAGUUCACAGCAAAAAACAGAGGAUAUCUUUACAAACAGAUGUGGACAAGAAAACCACAGUGAGUAUCAACCCGCAAACGCAGUCAUGGGUAGACAUGUGUACUACAGUGUUUAAUGCCACAAGAAGGAAAGAAGAUUCACCCUCAAUUGUUCCGGAACAAGAACAGUGUGGUCGAGCAUUGCCUCAGAAGUUCCAUGAGUCUCCGUUGAAAACUGAACACCUGGAAGAAACAAACGCAGCCCCCGAUGAAAAUCUGAAGCAGACAAAACUAGAAAUGAACAGCAACUCUUCUGCGAGUCAGAAAGAAGGGGCGUUGAAAGCGGGUGGGAGGGGAGGUGUAGCCCUAGAAGAAGACAGAAGAGAAAUGCAGCAGAGCUGUAUUGUCUGGCUGGAGAAUAAAGCCAGGGAACACACCAGCACCACUACAAGCUAUGCUCUUCCUCCAGCAACAGAGGAACCUGAGAUCGAGACUCAGGUAGGCACUUACAGAGGGAAUGGCUACCCACCCCAGGAAAAGCUUAAAAGGGAAUUAGAGCUAUCUUCUGCAAAGCAAAACAUUCAAGGACAAAAACUGCUUCAAACCAACACGCCCAAUUCAUUGUAUGUUGAUUUUCCUGAUUGUCCUAACCAUCAGAAAAGCAGAUUCGCAGAAACAAAUCUGAAAAGAGAACUGAAACCCAAAUAUUUAACCAUGAGAAUCCCAAAGUACCCAAUUUCAAAGACACUUGGUAUCAUAGGAUGUGAUCAUUCAAUCAGGAAGAGGAAAUUAAAAUACGCCUUCAACAAACCAAAAACCAUGGUUCCAAGUAGUAAAUGUGCAGCAGGGAUCAUCGCCAGAAGUCUUUGUGUUUCCAUGAUAAGUCCACCUCACGAUGAAGGAACGGUAGAAUUGGAAACAAACUCAACAAGGGAAAAGAGAGUCUGUCAUUCUGAAUUCCAGAAGAAAUUAUCAGAUGCUAAAGGCACGAAGGACAUCUUGACAGGUGUAAAAGAACUAAGUAAGCUAAGAAUGCAUUUAGUUUCUAAAGCAACUGAGAUAAAACUGAGUCACAUACCAGAGAUUGUGAUCAUAUCUUGCCAGAAGUGUAAGUCUCAACCCCAAAGGACUAUUUCAGAAGAUUACAGUGGCAGGCUUUACUUAAAACCUACAAAAAUGAAUUUUACGUCUCCAAAAGCUGGUUCUGUACAUGAUAACUUAGAAAGCAAUUACCGAAGAGAUUUUCCUCCUUUUAGCUGUGUAAAGACAACGAAUGUUUCAAAUAGCAGCGAGGUCAUGACAGAAGCAAAGGGCAUCAAAAAGCAAGAAAGUGUCACAUCACUAGAAACUCGGAGUCACAUUCUCCAGAAGUUCUCCGAGAAAGGAAGGGACAACCUGCUUUUGCACUUUGGAACAAAAGCACUGGAGAUAAAAACAACCAGCCUUCCCAGAAUUGCGGCACAAUCUUACGCAAUGGCCAGUGCCCAAGAUAAGUCAAAACCCCUAUUUACGUGUAUCCAUUCUGCCACCAAAGGACAGAAACGAAUGAACAGAGUUUAUGUACUUUUUGAUGAAAAAUCUUUUUGCAAAAUCGACAGUGAUCUGCAAUGCAAAUACCUCCGCUCAAUCCCUAGGCCUUCUGUCCCUGUGGCCUCUAAAGCAAAUGUCCUUCCCCAACUCCCUUACAAGUUAGACGUGGGUUCGGGCUCAGAAUGUAAAACAGUAGAAGACAGAGAAGAAAGUAGUCGUCUUUGGUUUGACACAGACCUUUUACAACAUGUUCCUUUCCAAAAGAAAAAUCCACAAGAAAGUUUAUUCUUCACCAGAAAAGUCCAGGAGCCACCCCACGAGCUUGCCUUUUCUGCUGGUCAACAAGGCACAGAACAGAAUGAUACGAUAAUUCCUUCGGAGUUAAAAUUACAGAUGACACCAGAAAAGGGUGAACAACGUCGUGUAUGCUUUCAAGAUACCAGUUUAUACAAGCAUUAUAAGAUUUCAGGAACUCAGCAAAACAGUGCUGAUUUAGCCAGUUCACAUUCAUCUUGGAUUUCUGAUGACUGGACCAAUGAUGUUCCCCUAAAUACUGAGACUUCAAGUGACCUGGAGGAAUGUCCAGCUUCUGACCUGGCAGAACGUCCGGCUUCUGACCUGGCGGAAUGUCCAGCUUCUGACCUGGCGGAACGUCCAGCUCCUGACCUGGCGGAAAGUCCAGCUUCUGAAGAAAGUGACAGUGAGGAAUGUGUGUUUAUAGGAAACAAUUUUUACUUAAUUCAGGGUUCACAAAAGUUUCUGUUUGAGGAACCCAAAGCAAUUUCAUUGGAGAAUCUUCACAGAGUGGAUGGAGCAACUCUUUUGAAAUCAGUUUACCGUGACGAUCCAAAUGACCAUCAUACUAGAACCCACAGAAAACACACCUCCCCUGUGGCACAACCUUGCUAUCAGUCUCGAAAUAGUAAGAAACACAGGUUAAACUCCAAGAUGCAGUCUCCUGACGGGCUGUGUUACAGCCCAUCCGAUACUGUGGAAAUAGAGUCGACAACAUCUUCCAUAACAUUCAAUGAAGGCAAGCACCAGACCAUGACCACAUGGAGCAGAACAAGCUACUCUUUAGCCUCCUCAGCAACUGAGUCGAAUACUAAAUUGGAUUUUGCAAAAAAAUACGGCGAGUCUUAUGUGUGCCCACAAGUCAAAGAAAGAAGGAAGGCUAAAUCUGACUUGUGGAGAAAGUUCAAUGUUGAUCAGAGUUCAAAUUAUAGUCACUCACACAGUGGAGAGAAGCACGCAAGGAGGAAGAGACUGUACCAUUAUGAAUCAGAAGAACCAAACCCACCAAACAAUCGGAUGCCAGAGCUAAGUGCUCAUCAGCAGAAUAUCAAAAAGAUAGAAAGAAGAGAAAACCAGCCCUUCUUUUAUGCCUGUGUACCGGCAGAUUCAAUGGAUGUUAUCCCCCAAACCAUUCGCUGGCUUAUCCCCUCCAAAAUCUUACAGAAAAGCAACUUCCAUAGUCCUCAAGUGGCAAGUAUUUCAAAAUCUUGGAAUCUGUGCAGUUCAUCCAAAAAGCUGUUGGGAUCACUUGCAGGGGCCUUUAAUAUAGUCCGUCAUGGUUGAUCGCGAUUGCACGUGGAGUCUUCUGAAUUAGAAUUCUGUUUCCUACUGAGACCUUCGAUGGAAAUAAAACAGUAGAAUGUCA